AUGGCGCUGUCCUCCCUUCACGCGGGCACCGGCCUGCGUAGCCACGCCAUCAUGCCACUGCCGACUCCGUCUCUCCACAACCCGCACGUGACUGCGACGUAUGUCGGCCUUCGCCGCAUCCCACUUGCUGAGCGACACGGCGUCGCGCCCGCGCGCGCCAGCGCGUCUCGCCAGCCAGCGUCUUCACGACCGGUGCGAGCAAGCGGAAGCAGCGAGGAGCGCGGGCGAGACGGCACGUGGCUGAUGCGAGGGGCAGCCGCUGCGGGGUUGGCGUGCGUGCUGGCGCUGAGCGACCCGUUCAGCGGCAGCGGCGGCAUGGCGCUCGCGGCGGACACGCUCAAGACGUGCACGUGCCUGCUGGGCCAGUGCAGAACGGAGCUGCUGCAGUGUCUGGGCGACGUGAAGUGCGCGGCGAACAUCGCGUGCCUGCAGUCGUGCAACGGCCGGCCGGACGAGACGGAGUGCCAGAUCGGGUGCGGAGACCUGUUCGAGAACCAGGUCGUUGACCGCUUCAACGCGUGCGCCAUCACCAAGUCCGGCUGCGUCCCGCAAAAGGAGGACGAGAACCUCUUCCCGCUCCCGCCCGCCGAAGCGCUCGUGGCGGAGUUCGACGUGGGGAAGCUGGACGGGGUGUGGUUCAUCACGAGCGGGCUGAACCCCACGUUCGACACGUACGACUGCCAGCUGCACACGUUCCAGCCCACGGGUGAGGGGCAGUUCCGCGUGGACAUCACGUGGCGCAUCAACACGCCCGACGGCGGGUUCUUCACGCGCUCCGCGCUGCAGGACUUCGUGCAGGACCCCGCGCAGCCCGGCGUGCUGCUGAACCAUGAUAACGAGUUCCUGCACUACCAGGACGACUGGUUCAUCAUCUCGUCGAACGUAAGUGACACCAAGGACGACUACUUCUUUGUCUACUACCGCGGCAGCAACGACGCCUGGGACGGGUAUGGUGGGGCGGUGCUGUACACUCGCAGCCGCACCAUCCCGCCACGCAUUAUCCCAGAGCUGGAGCGAUCUGCACAGUCCGUGGGGCUCAACUUUGCAGACUUCGUCACCACAGAUAACACGUGCCCUGCCGAGCAGCCCCUAUUUGCUCGGCUGGAGAAGAAGGUGGAGGCGGUGGAGAGGGCAUUGGUGGCUGACGUGUUGCAGUUUGAAGAGAAGGUGGUGCAGGCAGAGAAGGCAGUGGUGGCGGAGGUGAUACAGCUGGAGGAGAAGGUGGUGGAAGCAGGCAAGGAUGAAUUGAAGCUCUUUGAGGGCCUCAGAAGAGGGUUUGCUGAGCUUUUUAAGGAUGAGCAGAACUUUGUGAAGGGGCUGAGGAAGGAAGACAGGGAGGUGUUGGAGCAGAUGGAGGCGAUGCAAAUGGGAGACCCUGAAGACUUGGAGGACCUGUUCAGCAAUCCGUUGCCGCUGCGUAAAAUCAGGCCCAGGUCUUAG